AUGUUCACAUCAUCAUGUGCAUGUAAAGGUAUUCGUUCAUGUAAACUUUGUGAAACAAAAAAAAAAGAUCAUUUAAUAAAUAAUGAAUCAACAACAAAUAUAAUUUAUAUUUAUUGUGAUACAUGUCGUCAAGCAAUACGUAUGGAUAUAUAUGAAUUAAAUUCUCAAUGUCCACAUCAUAAUAUUAAUAAUAAUAAUAAUGAUAUAAGUUUUCCAUUAGAUGGUAUAUAUCUUGUAUCAGAUUUUCUUAAUGAAAAUGAAGAAAAUAAUUUAUUAAAUUCAAUUAAUAAUGAUAUAUGGAUAUCAUCACAAUCCGGUCGUUUAAAACAAGAUUUUGGUAUUAAAAUUAAUUUUAAAAAACAAACAAUUAAAACAAAAUAUUUUACUGGUAUGCCAAUAUAUUCAAAUGAUAUUCUUCAACGUUUAAAAACUUAUAGAUUAUUAAAUGAUUUUCAAUCCGUUGAAUUAUGUAAUUUAGAUUAUAAUCAAGAACGUGGUUCACAUAUUGAUUCACAUAUUGAUGAUAUAUGGAUAUGGGGUGAACGUUUAAUAACAAUAAAUUUAUUAUCAAAUACAAUAUUAACAUUAAUACCAAAUGAAAAAAAUACAAAUAAAAUAAUUUAUAUACCAUUACCACGUCGUUGGAUGAUUGUACUUUAUGGUGAUGCUAGAUAUGAAUAUAAACAUUCUAUACAAUAUCAACAUAUACAAAAUAGACGUAUAGCUGUUACAUUUCGUGAAUUAACAGGAAAAAAUGAAAAAUUUUAUGAAGAAAAUAAAGAUUUAUAUGAAAGAAUUAUUCGAAUUAGUAAACGUUUUACAGGAAUAUCUGUUGGAAGAUUUGAAAAAAUUGUUCAUGAUAUUAAUACAAUGAUGAUUGAUAAAAUGGAUAUUGAUAUACCAUCAAUUGAUGAAAAUCAAUUAAAAGAAUUAUUUGAAUCAAUUUAUAAAGACAAAUUUUUAUCAUAUGAAAAAGAAAAUUCAUCUACUUAUUUAAUUAAUGUUGAAAAUAAAUAUCUUAUGAAAUUAUUUUCACAUUCAUCUAUUUCAUUUGAACAAUUACAAUCGAUUUUAUUAUUAUGUCAAUUUAAUGGAACAAUUCUUGAUAGAUCUAUUAAUCAAUCUUAUAUUGUUAUUUUUAAUAAUAAUUUUUCAUCAAAUAAACAAAUAGGACAUUUUUUAGGACAAUGGCGUUUACAUACACGUACAAAUCUUAAAAUAUUAUGGAAAAAUCCAUAUGAUAAUGAUUGGUUUAAUCAACAAUAUGCAUCUAUAAUUAAUAAAAAAAAAAAUAAUUAUCCAUUUUUUCUAUCAAAUUUAUAUACAUGUCAAGAAAAAAUUUCAAUUAUAGAAGAAAAUCAAUUAGAAUUUGGUCUUUUAUGGACUAAUAAUCAACAAUCAUUUUAUAUUAUGGAUUUAAUUUUUUAUUUUCUAAAAAAUUUUGAUUUAUUUAUUGAUAAUAUUAAAGAAAUUAUUAAUGCAUAUGAAGAAAUUAUUCAAUUAACAAAUGAUGAAAUCAAUUUUUUAGAUACAUUUAUACGUUUACAAUUAGUUUUAUUAUUAAAUAAUCAAGAUAAUAAUAUUGAUGAUGAUAAACAAUUAGAUUUACUUGAACAACUUUCUUCAAAUGUUUUUUUUAUUCGAGAUCUAAUCAGAUGA